AUGAUACAAAGCCCUUCUGUUCAGGAAUCGGAAGACACUGUGGAGCCUAAAGGAUUAUACCCCGGGGAUCGAAGCAUAAUAGGCAAGAGAAGAACGCAGUUGUAUAUCUUGCAUUUCGCAGAUCAUCUCUACAACCGACUCCAGGAACAACAACCAUUUACAGAGGACAACUUAGAUGUCAUAACGCGGUUACUUCCAGAGCUACUAGUGGCAUUCGCUCUGAAACUUGGCCAGAUGUCACAAUCACAACUAAAACGAGACGCAAUGUACUUUGUCUAUACGCAUCGAAAGGCGGUAAUUCGAUCAAUAAGAGAUCUUUAUUAUUCCAACGCUUCAUCACUCGAAAAGCUUUUGAUCAGCAAUUCGGUUACUGAAGCCGAAGAUGAAUUCUCAGCAGAAGACCUUGUCCGAUAUCUCAACGUAGUCACAAAAGAUCCGGCUUUUGAAUGGCUUGUUGGAAAACUUGGCACUGAGUUGAACUCAACUGAAGUAGACUAUUCCGCUAUGAAACUAAUUUCUAGCUAUAUUCAAGAUCGUCUACCUCCAGUUGAAUAUAUUGGCAGGCAAUAUCCGCCAAGGCCAUACAAGGUUACGUUUCUUGUUCAAUGCGAUAUCCCUGGAUUCAUACAUGAACAAGCAUACGAAGGUAGUGCUGCUGAGAUACUGCCAAAAGUAAUAACUUUAACCGGGUCUGUUCAAGACGUUCAAGCAACAACCUGCGAGCAGUAUCUUGUCCAGACGUGGCCAGUAGUGGGAUGCAAUCUGCUGCGGACUAUCCAAGGCGCAUUACGUGAGAGAAAUGCCUCUGAACCGUUUCAAUUUUCGUGCAAAUGCAAGUUUGAGGAUCGCACAGAGAUCAAAGUCUCUCUAGGCCGAUAUAUGGAAGUCCAAGCAGUUGGAACCAUCCACUCUAUCGCAGAGAUCGGCGAGCAGAUUGGAUGGUUGGCGACGACAUUCAGAUCACCGUUGCAAGAUCCAGAGAUCUUGUUUUGUCAUCCUGAAAUUUCCAGCUUCCAGACUAAUGGCCUUCCACGUCUAGGGUCAAGGGAAAACGAGUUUAAGCAAUCUUUCGUCUGUCUUAUAAAUGUUGUCCCAGACCAUGUUAGGGCUAAUUUACCUGGUUUCAACGGCCAAUGUUGGCAACAAAUGUUCAACAAUCCAGUAGUCGUCACGGGCUAUCCAAUAAAGCCUAGAAAAGAUCUCAUCGCAGGAGUUGGUCUAGAAUUACCUUUCGACAUGAUGACAACUUUGGCGGACGCCAGAUAUUUAACAACAUUUGAAGACAGGACUUUGGUGAAAGGAUUUUCGACUGUGCUAAUUCCAACCGCGAUACACGGGAGUAUUAUCUUGUGGCAUUUACUUGUAAACGAGUCUGGUGCUCGAAUCUCAUAUCGAGAUCCCCGCAUAGAGCAGGCAAUAUCGAUUGAAGCUGGCAAUUUUAAGAGCGCGCGUCACAUCCUGGGAUGGUGCAUGAAUGCUCAAAAUAACAUAGGGUCGCUAAACGCAAGUUACGAUAUUACAUGGUCCGGUCUCUCCCAUGGUCGAGCGGCCCUUACAUGCGAGGGAGUCGAGCUUAGCGUAGGCGCUGGCAAUUACUUCAAAGUUGGAACAAGCUUCAAAAGAGGUAAAAGGGACAGAUCAAUCUGCAGUUUCGUCUCAGAUGGUUACGUAUCCCUUGUUGAACAUAUUGGUCAACACCAUGUCGUGUUGUACGACGUCAAUGAGAAACGCGCUUGCCUUUCUGAUGGUCUGCCCGUGCUCCUUCAUCUCGUCCGCACCUCUCUGAGGAGAGAUGAAAAAGAAGAUCCAGAAUGCCUAUAUACGAAUCACAUCGAAAGUUUGAAUGAGCCGCCUUCCUCAGUCACUGAGCAAAUAAUUGAGAGAAUCAUCGAUAGUAAAACUGUCAAAGAGAUUAUCAAGAUAAAAGAGGAAACAUAUUACCGCUUCGAAAACAGGGUAGAGGAAAUAUCCCUACUUCUUGAGAAGACCAUCGACCAAACCACUAAAGCCAUCAAGGACGGCAUCUUAAGACACACACCGAAGAACAUGAUAAGCGGAUUCGACUUUAUGGGAGUAGCUACUCGUUCGAAACUCCGCCAUAUUACGACCAAGAUACCAAUUCCGGCCUAUAGUUGUGGGUGGACGAAUCUCGUGGAUUCUCUUGAAGCAAUUACUCUUUUCGGCAACAACUUUGGAGAACUUAUUAGUCCAAGAGCAGAUGAUCCCCCAAACCUCUGCGAUAGAUGCGGAUACGAAGCCAGCCUACCUCCCGGGAAACAUCACUUAGCAGUGUGUGUUAGUGUUCUAGAGAACAUUAUCGAAAUAAAUGGCAAUAAAGAUAAGACUGGCUGGAGACUGACAGACGACGUCUAUUGGCAUUUAAACGGACCUGCUUUCAGACUCUGUUGCAGCAACUUUAACGGACGGCGCGUCAGCGCACACACUAGCAAUUGGAUUCAAAUACUCUCUUCAAAAGAUAUCCGCCACUAUCCUGAAUAUUCCAUUCCAACGAAUGAUGUGGCAAAUGGUGCGGUCAUUUUCGGCCAUGGAAGGCCACGGCUCAUCUCCAUGCGCCGCAAUAUCAAGGCAGAUAAGAAGGAUUCAUUAUCAGACAACCUCACUCAGUCGACAACAGCGGUGAAAAUACCUACACCACCUGUGGUUCAAGAUGAGACUUCUGAGACAAGUGAAACACAGCUGUUUGAUAGUGUGAGCUCUACUACUCCUUAUUCCGCUUCGUCGACAACAAAUGGAUCGGGCUUAGACAGUAAUCAAAAUCUGUCUGACACCAUGAAUCCUAUCACUCCUGAUACAUCUGGUUCAUCAACAAGCGACGAGAUGGUAUUGAGCAACACCGCUGCUGACCAACAGAGUCCUGUUUCAGGCGUCGUAUAUAAACCCCCAGAGAUUAUCUCAAAGGUUAUCACUGCUUCGCACAUUCGAUCAAACACACUACCGACACUCUCCCCUCAGAAGUCUUUCGGAAAGAUGAAGGGCAUUUGCUCCACGGCUUUGAAGAAACUCAAACCUCGUAAGAAUAACCGAACAGAAAGUUAA